AUAGGCCGUGCCUAACGUGACUGGUUUACGAGUCUAGGGGUCCGAUAAAUACGAGUGCAUCUCCUAGAAUUGCUAGCGAUCCUCACCCCAGCCUGCCCUCUAUACUGAACAGAAGUCACCAGUGAUCGCCAUGCAGCCGGAGGAAGAUUGGACUCGCACAGACGUCUAUCACAAUAGCUUCCUUCUUGCGUCCGAUGAGGUCCUUGACUUCACGAGGGCAAACAGCGCGAAGCACGGAUUGCUGGACAUCGCUGUCAGUGCGGCGCAGGGGAAAUAUCUCAACCUUCUCGUGCGAUCGAUCGGCGCGAAGAGGAUUCUUGAGGUCGGAACGCUAGGAGGGUACUCCUCUAUAUGGAUGGGCCGUGCGCUCCCCGAAGACGGCCAACUCGUUACACUGGAACUCGAUGAGAAGCAUGUCAAUGUUGCGAGGGAGAACAUCGCCCACGCCAAUUUGACGGACAAGGUGAAGGUCAUACAAGGCGCUGCCGCCGACUCCCUGGUGCAGAUGCCCGGAGACAGGCCCUUCGACCUUGUGUUCAUCGACGCAGACAAGCCGAGCAACCUGACGUACUAUCUGGAGGCGAAGCGCCUCACAAGAAAGGGAUCAGUUAUCAUCGUGGAUAAUGUAGUGCGCAAUGGCAAGGUGGCCGAUCCCGCAUAUACCGAUGCGAACGUCGAAGGCGUCCGCAAGCUCUUGGAACAUCUGAAGACUGACCAUGAAGUGGAGGCUACCACGAUAUCGACUGUCGGAGAGAAAGGCUGGGAUGGCUUCACUUACAUCCUCAAGUUGUAACGUAGCGUCGCACGUACUAAGCAAGAAUGUUUUUGUAGCAGACUUGUUGCAAGAGCAAAGUGGAAGUGCCUUUCCCGUCGAUGUGUUCCGAAC